AUGGCGUUCCAGCAGCCGCAACAACGACCACAGCCCUCGCGUCACAUCUCCCUGCCCAAACAGUCCGAGCAACCUGUUCCAGUAUCACCAGCGCGAACGCGACCGGUUGAGGAAUCACAGGAAUGGAUCCUCUUCUCACCCCAGAACGACGGCCAGUCGAUAUCACAGACGUCGCAGACCCCGCGCACCGCCACCCAUCUCUCCGACUUUGGCUCUCUUGAGACACAUGUCAGGUCGCAACCGAUUGGCAACAGUCAAGACGACGACGAGGAUAUCACAUGUCAGGGCACUGAGGACGACGACGGUGCCGAACUGGACAGCUUGGACGAUGGACUUCACGCCUUUCACCACCCCUUCUCAGCCUCGUCGAACCACUUAGAUCAAAGCGGCGGGACUGUUCUACCGACACAUGACGGAUUUGGAACGUUCCCAUCGUCAUCGGCGGCGUUGCAAGAGCAGCUGUGGCAAUUUGAGCGACAUAACCCUCAUCGAAAGAAUAAACAUGCUAGAAGGCGAAGCAGCGUUCAGAGACGGCUGGAUUUGUUGGAAGAAGAGGAAAACUUGGACCCUGAAGAUGAGCGGACAGCGCGCAUUGAGAGGUGGCGAUUGGAUCAGAGUAGAGCGGUGUUGGAGGAGAUUGAACGCGAAACGAGGAGGCGACGACGACGAUUGAGUCGGAUGAGCACCGCAACGAGUGGUUACGACAGGCGACAAUCGGUACAUGAUGCAUUGGCUUCGAAGGUCUUGACCCGGCAGGAUUCCGUCAUUCCAGAGGAGCCACAGACGAUCAAGGAGCCUCAACAAAGCGAAUCGUUCUGGAGGAGAAUCACCCGGAAAGUCAUCCAAGACCUUAUUGGAUUGGAUGAGAACACGCUAUCGGUUAUCUUCGGCGAGCAACUGGUUGAUGAUGCAUCACCAACACCAACACAACCAUCGCCCAUUGCAGCUGCUGCAAGACAGGAGUCGCGAGUUGCCUUCCAUGACCCAGAGCCUACCUGGGAGAUCAAGUUACUUGAUCGAAUUGCACGCGAGCUGGGCAUUCUCGUGCAUCAGCUGGCCGAGUAUGACGGCACUGCUUUCAACACGUAUAAGAACGCUCAGCAAGAGCAUAUCGACUAUGCUGGCUUGCCACGAAACAUCCCACGACAGCCAUCUCUCCGACAGCGCCGCCGUCUGGACAAAGCGCGAAAUGAGCAGGAUGCAGCUCAAUUCCCACCCACAAUCCCACAAUCACCGCUUCCCCAGACCGAGACCACCGACAGUUCACUCUGGGGUAUUGAAGAGGAACCUGAUGAGGCAGCUGACGAGAACUUGGUGGCCUUGCAGCAAGAGCGAGAAUAUUGGGAGAAAGAUGUCGACGUGAAGAUGAUCUUCAACUAUCUAAAGACACGAUUCUCCAGCGCAGCGACCGAAGACGCACCCACCGCCGCCGAGGAAUCCAGUGGACCCCUGCCUGCAUCUUGGGUGACUUCAACCGCCGGCCCAUCAGCACUGAGCACAUCCCCAGAAGGCCUGCGCAGAGCCGAGAUCAUCAAACAGCAACACCCCCUCGUCUCCCGCGCUGCCGAACGCGCCCGAGCAACCGCAGCGCAAACCAGAAGACGAGACAGCCUGCUGCGACGCCACCAAAUGCAAACCCUCAUGCUGAAACGCACCGGUAGCAGCAGCUGCGCCAGCCAAAGCACCAAACGAAGUCGCCACACCCGCAGCGGCAGCUCGCGCCACUACUGGGAUCUCGGCCAGACCAGCAGCGUAGGCAGCGGGCACGCCAUGAGCAGUGCUCUGGGCGGUUGGGGCGAGGUGUAG